CGAGUCAGGGAUGAAAGCGCCUGUAGUGACGUAAUUGACCACGAGAGGGCCUACGAACCGGACACGCGCAUUUUAUGAUAGUUUGUUUUUAUUAAUUGUAUGAUAAUUCGAUAACACAAAACAAAAUUUACAAAGUGAACACAUGCAUUUAAAAACAUGAAACUUUAUCCCAGUCCAACUGAUGUAUGGGUGGGGUGAAACGAGUCACUUAAAAGCGACCAAAAUAAAAGAAAAUUCCUCCACUUUCCCUCGUCACUUUAUAUUUUCUACUCAAUGGCAAUUAAAGUUUCUCAGAGUGAUGAUACGGAUGUAAAUAUAUAUCCAGACCGCCGGGCUAUUUGCAGUCGUUUGUGAUUAAUGGAUUUGUAAAAAAUCUAUUUUUAUAGAGAUUGCAGGCGGAUUUCCAUUCGAAAUUCAAGUAAGAAUCUCAGAUACGAAAUUAUUUAAAAAGCUCUUCAGUAAGAAACAGUUCUGAAUGCAGCCAAAAUCAGGAUUGGAUUUCCCGAGCCGGCGAGCGCCCCCUUGAGGCGGAACUCUGUGUGUGUCUCAAAACAGCACCAGGCAACACUGAUUUUUUUUUCCUCGGGGAUUCAUUGUAUCCUGGAAGCGUUGUGCGCUCUUCAGUUUGACGUGUGUAACUGCACUUCCGGCGGUAUCUGCGCUAGAAUGGCUGCAGUGUUUACGUGUUGUUUGGGCUGCUGCGGGGAUGGCGGACCGGGUCAUGCUCCCCUCAAAGAGAUGCCCACCGUACAGCUAGACACGCAUCACAUGGGGACGGAUGUGGUCAUAGUGAAAAGUGGGAGGCGGAUCUGUGGAACUGGAGCCUGUCUCGCUAACGCCCCUCUACACCAGAACAAGAGCUAUUUUGAGUUCAAGAUCCAGUCCACGGGUGUUUGGGGGAUCGGUGUGGCCACUCAGAAGGUGAAUUUGAACCAGGUGCCACUGGGCCAAGACACUAACAGUUUGGUGCUUAGAAACGAUGGAUCCAUAUACCACAAUAAUGAGGAGAAGAAUCGAUUACCUGCCAACAGCCUUCCUCAGGAGGGGGAUAUAGUGGGGGUGACCUAUGAUCACGUGGAACUGAACUUGUACUUAAAUGGAAAGAGCAUGCACUGCCCAGCCUCAGGUAUUCGAGGGACUGUGUUCCCCAUAGUUUAUGUGGAUGACAGUGCCAUCAUAGACUGCCAGUUUAGUGAUUUCUACCAUACUCCACCUGAAGGCUUUGAGAAGAUUCUGUUUGAGCAGCAGAUCUUUUGAAUUGUCAGCUGUGUGUGCAGACACACACACAAAGUCUCGAGCUGAACUGUGUGUGUGGCAGCACGUGGUUUGAUUUCUUUGAAUGUUGCUUCUGCCUUUGCUGUUACUACUGCUGCUCUUGUUCAUUUGGAAGAAAAUCCAGGCUUUAUUUGUGUGUCUCUCUCUCUCUCUCUCUCUGUGUGUGUGUGUGUGUGUGUGUGUGUGUUUGAGUUUGAGAGAAUCUUCAACCCAGAAAACACUUUACGUAAGCACUGAAGACACUUACUGAUAUCUAUUUUCUGUAGUGGGUGAUAUUGAUGAACUGAGCGUAUCCUUUUAUUUAAUGUUAAUGUAAUGUACAAUGAUCAGCAGCUGAUCAGCUCUGUGUGUAUAUUUGAUUUACGUAGAAAUUACAGUUGAUUUAUUGUUUAUCUACACAAAUAUUGGAUUUUUUUUGUUGUUGAAUGAAACAACUGUAUUUGCACUAGUCACAUGUGAUUGAAAAUCAAACCAAACCUC